UACCAAAGAAGGUGUCAGGUCCGACGGUGCCCCGACCGGCGACCUGUGUGUAUGUGUGUGUUUGUUCUCUCGCUCUGUUUUUGUCUCCGGCUCCGCUGCAGUUGUUACGCGGUUGCGUAGCAACGGGAGAUCUCCGACCCGGAAGUGCUGCCACUCUGAGCUGUCCCACCUGCGACUGAUUCCUCGCCAGCUGCUGCCAAUCUUCCACCAUCGUUGGCAGAGCUAUUUAAUGGUGUGGCUGAGUGACAGACAGCGCUGGAGUAUUCCACCAAGCCUGGAAACGAGCGAGACGGAAAGACGAGAGGAGAGACGUCACUAUUCACGAGAGUUGUGUGGACACAUGAGGGGAGCACUGAAGGGACUUUGCACUGUGGAUAACUGUGGAUUGGCUUCACUGUAAAUAAAGACACUGUUCAACUUUAACGAGAGGUCCGCGUCUGGGUUCUCUUACUCACCACCCCGUAACAGAAGAUUUAAAUGUAAAUGUAAAGAUUUGCAUGAAUGAGCAGGAAGCCCUGCAGCAGACUCACAGACGGAUGCAGAGGGGAGGAGUGUGGAGGUGUGUGCUGUGUGUUUGGAGGAGGGACUCCUUCAGUUAGAGAAGUGAGGCGUCACAAGUUCCUGGUUUCCAGUGAAGAAGAAGAGAGGCAGCAGUAAACCAUCAGAGCCUCAUCAUGAAAGUCCAUCACACUCUGAUCUGCUUCUUCUUCCUUUCAGCUCUGCAGGAUGGAAACGCUGAAGUCAUAUUCAACAACAACAUUUCCUUUGGAGUCGUUGGAGGAAAUCUAACAGCUGGAUUCUCCUUUCCUGCUGGAACAUGGAAAAUGUUGUGCAGAGGAGAAUGUAAAGGAGGAAACAUUCUUAUUAAUACAACAGAUGAGAAGCAUCAAAGUCACAGAUACAGCACUGAAUAUACAAUUGUACAAUAUGCUCCUACUUUGUCUGUGAGCAUCACACAGCUGAUCAUGUCUGAUGCUGGACAGUACAGCUGUGGUGUGGGUGAAUCUCCAUCAUCAGUUUCAUACAGACAGUUUGAAGUUGUUGUUGCUGAAGCACUGCUGGAUGGAAACGAUCCUGCUCAGCUGAAACACUUCAAUAAAGAAACUGGAAGCUCUCUCACAGUCGGAUGUUCCUUUAAUCCGUCUGGAGGACAAAAGUUCUUCUGCAGGGGAGAAUGUGGAGAGGACGAGGUUCUUCUUCAAACAGAUGAUGAAGAUGCUUCCAAAGACAGAUACAGAAUUGGAUUUAGAGGAACUUCAGAGGAGACAUAUGGAGGAGGAGGAAUUGUGUAUGUGACAAUCACACAGCUGACUGAGUCUGACUCAGGACAGUACAGAUGUUCUCUGAAUCCAUCUUCUGGUCAAGCUUCAUUCAGACUCUUUGAGAUCAACGUCACAGAUGCAGUCGUCCAAUCAGCCUUCUCACCUUCACUCACCUCGAGUGUAACCACGGAGCAGCCUGAGAAAACACCUGAAGGUGUUUCGCUGCCUGUGGGUCUGACUGUGGCUGUCAUCAUCAUCAUCAUCAUCAUCAUCGUCCUCUCAUCACUGGCUGUUCUAAUAAUCUGCAUUAAGAGGAAGAGCAACAGAGGACACGGAUAGAUGUUAGGCUCAAAACCUGAGGUAACCAAACACACAUGCAGCGUGGGUGAUUUCAGGAGGAUCAGACUGAGUCUCUGUUUCAGUUCUUACUGCUCAGUACUCUGAUUGGUUUAGUGAGAGGUGGAGCAUUCAGGAGGAAGGACACGAUUCACUGCUUUGUUAAUUCAUUGAUUUAAGUGCAAAAAAAUAUUAACAGACUGCCCUUCAUUUACGUGCUGCAGCACAGUUUUAACUGGUAAAAGAACAUUUGAGUAUAUUACUCUGGUUCUGAUGUCCUUACACUGGCUUCCAGUUGAAUUUAGGAUCUAAUUUAAAAUCCUUUUACUGGUUUUUAAAUCCUUAACUGGUCUGGCGCCUGUAUAUUUGUCAGAUCUGCUCCUUCUCUCCCCAAUCACUCCGGUCAGUUGCUCAGCUGUUGCUCUCAGUCCCUAAAUAACGGCUGAGAGGAGACCGAGCGUUCUCCAUCGUGGCCCCGAAGCUUUGAACUGCAAUCUGCUUCAGUGUUGGCCUUUAAAUCCAGGUUAAAAACUCAUUUCUAUUAACAGGCUUUUGACUCAGUGCGUAACUGACUCUGUUAUUUUAUUGAUACUUAUUGUUACGGUAACUGGAGGGACUCAAACGCAGGACUCCUUUGCUCAAAGGAAGAACAGAGGCUUUAUUCACUAACACCAGGUGAAAUGUGCCACAGUGACAAAGUGCUAUACAAGAGUGCAGGGAUCAGGGAUCAGGGCUCCAGGGAAUCUGCAGGGGAACACUCUCACUCCCCUUCUGUCUCUCUUGGCAUCUCACCAAUCUCUCACUCCUCUCUCACACCAGAAUCUCCGUAAGGAACAAGGGCAGGUCUGUACACAAGGGAACUAGAUUAGCAGUGUCCUAGACAGGAUUUCACUGACACAAGUCAAGCAACAAUCCAGUGAAGAGCAGUCUCACUUAAGUAGAGGCCAGUUAAUGAGACGCAGGUGUUACUCGUCUCCCAGGUAUGUAGGCCAAAGGUGGGAGCCCACAGUGAACUCUGCCCAGGUGACAGAGGGAGAGAAAGGAAAGAGAGAAACACAAUAGCAGAAUAUUUCUCAGGCAGAUCUGCUGCACUGAUGUACAGCACUUUGGUCGACCAUGUGUUGUUUUUACUGUGCUAUAUAAAUGAAUUAUGUUAUGGUCCAAUGAUGUUAAGAAACAUGUUAGAAAGCACAAAAAAUACAAAAAUGAAAAAUCCCUUUAAGAAUGCAUCAUGUAUUCGUCUUUUCCUAUAGAAGAAGAGACCGUGCACAGUUUUCAUGAGUUUAAAAUAAGAUAUUGACUCAGGAAUUAGUAAAGCAGAGAGGUGAAGAAGAAAGAGGUCAACAUGAUUAGUACAUAUCUGGGAAACUUCAAGGUCAAAGAAACAUCACAGAGAAAACAGGAAGACAAACAGGAUCUGACAUUCAGCUCAUUCAGUUAAACACAGGCGUUCACCACAGACGACUCUGGUUAUGGCUGCUUGUAUCUAUGAGCUGACUGCUCACUGUGACCUCAGUAAACACUUUCCUGCUGCAGCCAACAAGCUGAACUGAGGCUUUUAUAACAGGAGUGCACAAAGCAACAGCUGACAUUACAGCAGAUAAUUCCAUCUUUAAUAUACAGGCUAUGCUUUUUACCACUGAGCUGACAGAGUGAAAACUGACUGAUUCAGGCUUGUGUGUUAUCAAGUACAUGUCAUGUGAUUCUGCACUGAGGCAGGUUCUGGCUCCAAUAUUCAGGAGUCAGGAUGUGAAAUCACUUCAGCUUCAUUGCUGGAAACUUGCAGAAAAGAACAAAAUAUAAACGGAGCAAAGUCAGAGAGGAAAAUGGAAACACAGAGCAGAGGAGCAGACAGUGGGAGAAACAAUAAAUAAACAGAUAUAUAAAAAUCCAGAUAUCAGACUGCUCAUAACCAAAGUGAAUAAUUCUGAAUGAUCUCUCGUGUUUCUUCCUCAGGUGCACUUUGAAUGAUUGGUCCUUCUAACAGAGGAACAUCCUGUUUGUUCCACAGGUUUGAGGACCAGAGGAAACUCAGAGGGCACAAACAUGGAGGUGACUUUCUUUCUCUUUGUUUCCUCUCACUGCUGACAGACUGCUACCGUAACAAAGAAAUAAAGCAGUCACAGUGUGAUGGUUCAGUUUGUAGACUGUUCCAGAAAUUACAAUCCAAGAAGGUGAAUUCAAACAGGUAGGUGACAAAAAUGGCCGCCCAGACGGAGACUCCAACAACAAACAGAGACACUGUUGUCUGAGAGGUUCAACGAGGCAACAUGGAAAUAUUUACCAGCACAAAUGAUUUCACCAAGUCAGAGUCUGUUCUUGUUAUGUGAAGAAGACAGUGUGUCUCUGUUUUAGGACGUCCCACUACGAGAACUGUACUCCAGGUUCUACACGUGAAGACUCGACCUACCAGAGCCUCCAUCCAGCCGCCAGGGACCAGGACCAGACCUACUCCACACUCACACACCACACAUGAGACUCUCUGGAUUCACACCUGGGUUUAUUUCAGUCCCUCAGGUUUAAAGUUUGAACACAGACCCUGAAAACUGUAAAUAUUCACUCACAUUUGGAGUCAGCUUCAAGUGGCUGUUAGAGGAACUGCAGCUGUUGGAACGUCUGCAGGAGGAACCAGCCCCACCAGCCUCCAUCAUCCUACAUGAGUGGAGACUGUGAAGUCUUUCUGCUGCAGUGUGUCGUCCAUUUGGCUGAGAAGGUGUUUGCAGUCUUCCUUCUCUCCAACACCUGGACACCUGCAGGACUCUGAGAGUGACCCCUCCCACCCUGGACAGACACUUUCUGAGUCGCUCUCUGUAUCAUGAAACGGCCAAUAUUAUGUACAUGUGAUUAAAAACAAAAAAAAAAACAUUAA